UCUCUAGUUAGUGCACGAGGCUUCAAUUUCGAGAUUGCACUACACGUUUCUCGGACGUCUUUUUCGUCAUCUGCGAUGACAUCAGCGACGAACUAAUCAACUUUUUUAAUAUAAUGAAUUUGAAAUGAUACUGACAAAGAGAAAGUGAGACAAACUUCAGAUGGCGUUACUAGACAUCUUUCUUAUUUCACACAUUAACGGUUUUUACUUCAAACUACAGCUGCGGUCUACUUAGCGCUACAGAUGCUUUAAAAUAUUUUUCUAUCUUUUUCCUUCUUUCAGAUAACAAGAGGAAUAGAAAGUGUUUUGAAACACUGAGUGGAUCGUACCUUGAAAAGUGCAAAGUGCCGAUCUUUGUAAAUACAAAUAAUGAAAAGAAUGCCAAGAAUACUUUCUCUCAUCUAAGAAGAAUAUAUUCUCACUUGACAUAUUCUGUAUUGUGACACUAGCGUUCUGAAAAUUUAGUCAGGACCAUCAAUGUCAACGUAAACAUGGAAGAUAUCAUAUUGCAUAUUGAAAUAUGUCAAAGUGCUGACAGCACUCUGCGGAAAACUGUUAUUGAAAGAGCAGUGUUCCAGGAAUUCUUCGGUAAAAUUAUACAGCUUGAGACCGUCGUCUAUGGUAAAGAUUGUGAGCAUCUAUGUGAUCAUGUCGACACUGUAAUAUGUUACGAGGAAAACUUAUUAAAAGAACCCAUUGAAAUACAAGAUGCAAGUAUCGUUAAGUAUUAUAUCUACAGACUAACGCAGGAAGGUGCCGCGACUGAAAUCAUGAAGUCUGAUUCAGACGAAUUGUCAGUUGCGUCUCACUGGCUGCUACCUACACAGGAAUUUCACAACUUGUGGGAUAAUCUGUAUUACGAUGGCGACGUAAAGGAUAAAUUAUUACGUUUUGUGCAGACAAUAAUGUCGUUUUCCGAUCAUAAUGUCAAUCCAAACAUCAUAAGUUGCAACAAAGUGAUAUUGUUACACGGUCCUCCAGGUACAGGCAAAACAAGCUUGUGCAAAGCCCUGGCUCAGAAGCUGGCCAUUCGUAUGGGAGAUCGUUUCACUCAUGGGGAAUUCAUAGAGAUUAAUAGUCAUAGUUUAUUUUCAAAAUGGUUCUCCGAGAGUGGAAAACUCGUUAUGAAGUUAUUUGACGAGAUAAGGAACAUGGUGCAAAAUGAAAAGGCACUAAUAUGCAUUCUGAUUGACGAGGUAGAAUCGUUGGCACACGCGCGUAACCUGUGCACCAAUGGCAAUGAACCGUCCGACUCUAUACGCGUCGUGAAUGCAUUGCUCACGCAACUGGAUCAGAUUAAGCGGUAUCCAAACGUUUUAAUUCUGACAACGAGCAACAUGACGGAAGUCAUAGAUCUCGCAUUCGUUGACAGAGCGGACAUAAAGCAAUACCUUGGAAAUCCAUGCGUAAAAGCAAUUUAUAGUAUUUAUCGUUCCUGUCUGAACGAGUUAAUGAAGACCGAUCUCUUGGAAGAGAAAGAUAUAUACGACAUACCGGAGAUAGAUAAGGAUAAAGGCAUGUUAGAAUAUAGAAUGUCGCCACGUCACGUUAGCACAAAGUUGCUGAAAAUCAGUGAAAUGAGUGAAGGCUUAAGCGGCCGUACCUUGAGAAAGAUACCAUUUUUGGCGUAUGCUCUUUAUUUACCCAGAUUAUCUACCAGCAAGAUUGCUCUGGACGAAUUUCUGCCGGCUAUGCGGACAGCUGUUAUAAAACAAAAAGAGGAGUCUCGCUUGCAGCAAUCGUAAACCAGAAGUGCCGUUCUUUUUUCUAUUAAUUUCUUAUGUAUCUACUAUGUAAUAAUAUGUUUGUUAUUACACUUUUGUAAUAAAUAAUCGUCG